AAAUAAAAAUGGCAAAUUCUAAAAGUCUAUUUUGGUAUUUUUUUCUAAUUGGAUGUCAAAUUGUUAUGACUGAAUAUUUUUAUCCAGCAAAAAAGUCAUUAACACGUGAUUCCUACACUUUAUAUAAAGGUCGAAAAGUAGAAAACAGCAUAUUUUCAACUAAAAUCUACACAGAAUACAAGGAGUGCGUAAACUUUUGUCACAAUAAUAAAGAAACCUGUAAAUCAAUAGACACUGAGAUUGUUGACAAUAAUACUGUGAAAUGUCGAUUUUUUAACGAACAGUUUCCAAAAACAAUAUUUGCUGAUGGGUUUACUUACAUUUCUUCUAAACCGCCAAAUUGUUCUCUCAGUUGUGACUUAACGCAGAGCCCUUGCGGAAAAUGUAAAUGCAACCCGUCGUGUGCUACAAGAAAUAGACGUCAAUAUAUAUGCAAUUGCACGUUAGCAGCAGAAAUUGCAAAAAGUUGCCAAGAACAUUACAAUAAUGGAUUUACUAUAACUGCAGUAUAUCGAAUCAAUCCUAAUGGUUUUAUAUUUAAAACUGUAUGCGAAAUGAAUAAAUUGGAACAAAAAAAACUAAAAGUUGAUUACCAAUUGUGCAUGCAUCAAUCAUCAUCAAUCAUACAGUUUUCAUUUACUUUAUCAAUAUCUUAUUGUGUAAUUACUUGUGCAAAUAAUUCAAAUUUCGAUACGGUUGUUUUUGAUAUUUCUUGUUUCUGUGCAAAAUAUAUUAAAGAAGAAAUUGAAUGUGGUGAACCACAAUGUAGCAAGUAUGAUUAUUGCAAAAUAAAUGCAUCUUCAGCAAGUUGCACAAUAUUGAAAGAGAGUGCUAAUCAAUUUAUAAUUUAUGACAAAAAAGUUCCUGUUUAUUUUAACAGCAGCUUAUGCACGAGUUUUUGCAUUAAUUAUCAUAAAAAAAUGCCGUCUUAUAAUGGAUAUGUUGCAAGCGGAAUCGUUACAACUGACAAUGACUGUCUAUGUCUAUACGGAUUUACUGGUAAAACAGUAGCUGGUUAUUAUGGAUGCUCAUAUUUUGAGACAAGUCCCAUGACAAUUGCUCCUACCAUUAUAGUGUCUUUGCCACCUGUUGUGUCUGUGCCUUUGCCACCUGUUGUGUCUGAUGAUAUACAAUAUACCUACUUUUAUGCAAUGUUUUGA